AUGAAGGAGGUAGGGAAUAGCAAGAGCCCCGGAAUAGAUGAAAUGACAGCGGAACUAAUUGGGAAUGCUGGCGAAAGUGUUGAAUACUUCUUCUACAAGCUCUGUACAGGGAUGUGGAAUGAAGGAAGAUGGCCGGAAGACUGGGUAAAAUCAGUCUUUGCUCCCAUACCUGAAAAAGGUGACGCGCUCCAAUGCAGCAAUAAUGGGACAAUUGCCUUAGUGGGUCACAGCAGCAAAAAGUUUGUUGGAAAAAUUAUUGCGAAAGAAAUGAAGUUCGAUGUUAAGAGAGGAAAUUGCAGCGAACAAGCGGGUUUUCGCCUGGACAAAGGGUACAGAGUACAGAUUCUUAAAUUUGAAAUUGAUCAUAGAGAAAAGCAGAAAACAUCAAAAAAGACCUGUACCUGUGUUUCGUCGAUUAUGUUGAAAGCUUUUGAUACUAGGUGUCUAGAGGAAAUUUUGAAGCGAACUGUGGAGUUGGAGGAUACAAAAUACAAAUCGGAGGGUACCCACAUCCCCAAACCCAACGUUAAAACAAUCUGA